AUGCAAACUUUUACCCACCCUCACUCCUCUGGGGCCAGCAUCACCAAAAUCGACCCAUCCUUGAAAGGUGACAGCAGUGGCAACUGGCAAUGGAAGUUGUACGCCGAUGUGUGCGUUGCGGCCGCGAUGAGGUGCAGUGGUGGUGCAUGCAUAAAAGUAAAUGGGUUUGUCUGCAAAAACAAUGCCAGCGCGGCAGAUUUCUUCUUUGCCGGCCUAGCCAAACCAGGAGUCGUCAACAACGUCGUUGGCUCUAUAGUGACUCCAGCUAAUGUUAUGCAAAUCCCAGGUCUUAACACUCUUGGAGUAUCGAUGGCACGCAUUGACUAUGCUCCGGGCGGUCUAAAUCCACCACACACUCACCCACGUGCCACUGAGAUGAUUUUCGUGCUUGAAGGUGAAUUGGAUGUUGGAUUCAUAACCACUGCCGAUGUCCUCAUAUCCAAGCACAUCAUGAAGGGUGAGAACUUUGUGUUCCCAAGAGGUCUUGUUCAUUUUCAAAAGAACAAUGGCAAGGUUCCUGCUGCUGUCAUUGCCGGGUUCAACAGUCAGCUGCCGGGUACUCAAGUUAUUGCUGCCACACUAUUCGGAGCUACACCGCCAGUGCCGGAUAAUGUCUUGACAAUUGCAUUCCAAAUUGAUGCAAAGGAAGUAGAGAAGAUCAAGUCAAAAUUUGCACCCAAUAAGUAA